AUUAUUUCAAAAUUAUACUUCUGUGUUUAAAAUUGUAAUUUAUCAAAAUUUACUCAAUUAUUUCCAAAAUGUGUAAUAUCACAUAAAAUUGUAAUUUUUAAGAGUAGAUGUAAAUUACUUAACUUUGCGUAUAAUAUUUAUCAAAAUUCUUAAUUUUUAAACCAAUUAAAAUUAAUAAAAUCGCCUUAAACUAUUGAAUUAAUCUCUAACUUUUAAUUCCUGUCUUUACUAAAUGUGUAAAAUAUAAAGUUAAUCCUUUAAGUCCUAAAAUACUGUAGUAUUGUGUAAAAUAUCAAGUUAUUGUGUAAAAUAUUGUAAAUUAGUGUAAAUUUGGCAUAACAUAUUUGAAUUAAGCAAUGGAAGAGAAGGUAUCUUAUUCGACAAUGUCCGCUGUGUUGGAGACUGUAGGUGACGAUGAGAAGGUUAGAGUAGCUCUAAUGCCUCCGCACAUCGCCAGAAGACUUGUAAAAGAGUCUGGAAUUUCCUCAGGAGCUGGAGUUUUAUCAAAUGUUACCGGCUCAAUACUUGUGGAUUUACCUUUCAGGAACCUACUUUACGAGUCUAAAAAAGUACAAAGAUUAUACUUUGAACUUGAACCCAAAGACCCUGAUUUGUACCCCAAAUCUAAAACUGUCACUAAUUCCCUACUACUCAUUGAUCCUAUCAGACUCACACAUCUACUAAAUAAUGAUUUAAACCAAGCCCAGCGUGUAUUGUAUAUGAGAUGUUUUACUGAUCGUAUUUGGUUAAUAUUUCUAAGGCUUGUAAGUCUGGGAGUUGGUUCUCGUCUAAGAUCUUUAUACUCUUUGAGAGACUCUAGAGUUGCAACUGACGAGUUUCUAAGUGAUUUGGAGGAACUACAACUCAGUCUUGUUCAAAUGGUUUUGGACGUUACAAGAUGUGAUUUAACUGAGAAUACAGCUGCUGAGAUCGAAACUGCAGUUAUAAACGGCUGUAAAAACGUGUGUUUCCUUGCGGAGCAUAUAAGAAAUCACUGGAAUAACUCACUUGGAGAAUUCCCACUCCUAAACGACCUUAUUCCAUACCUCAACAAGUGUAUGCUUCAUGUUGACAAGUUACUACUAAGGAGUGGUUUCAAUCAAGAUAAUCUUAAACUCGGUGAUGGUUCAGAUCCCGUGGUUAGUCUGGCAGAUCUUGGAACAUGCUCGCCUCUGAAGGAUUAUUUCAAAGAUGAAGACCAGUUAAAUGGCCAGGCUGAUUCCACACUCGUCCAACUCCAGAAUUUAUCUAAAGUCAACUACAACCUCAAGGACAUUUCUUAUGUUAAGGUUUUGGGUGAUAUUCGUAACUGUAUAGUCUCAGUUGCCACUAAAUCUGCUACUCUACUCAGCCUCAUGAAACUCAAAAUUCUAGAUUUCCGUCAAAAACUCUUUGAAUUACCGGGAAGUUAUUCUUUUAUUAACAAUGAAGUAUUGAGGAAGGGAUUUUUGAGUUGUAAUUUGGAUGAAAAUGACGCAGUCCCCUUAGUACUUCUUUCCCAUUGUCUUGGCGCUUAUUCUAUUCGGGAAUGGGUAAUACGAUUCUUACUUGAGGUUAAAUUCGAUAAGGUUUCAAUCUUUCUUAACCCAACUUCUCAAUCCUCAGUUAACUCUUACGGUUUCAAUGAGUCGGCCUACUUCAGAACUGCUGGACAAACUAAACCAAAUCUCGGCGAUUUCUUCACUCUAAUGCCACUAGAUCUCAGAUUAUACAUGAAUCAACUUGCUUCAUAAGUGGUAAUUGGGGAGUUAUCAGACAGAGUACCGCUCCUUAAAAUGGUGUAAACUAGGCAGUAUUAAAAUAUUAACUAUGGAAUUGUAAACCCUGUAAAAACGUAAUGAUGUAC